UAGAGAUGAUGCCCAAGCCUUCACGUCUGGUCAAGCCAGUGAAACCGUCGAAGCAGGCGAGCAAGGAACCUCCGAGCGACCGCAUGAGGAUGCUGAUUGUUGGAGAGAGGCUGAUGAGAGCCGGCAGCGAAGGAAACCUGGGGGGGUCCAGUCCGAACCAACAGCUGGAGCAGAGCAGGAAGACCAUCUCCAAUCCAGAUCCGGUGAGGAGCGAGCGGAGGCCAUGUUCAGCCCAGGAUGUGGAUCAUCUGGACAGGAGGCAGAUCGGCAGGGACGCGUGUAAUCCGACGAACCCCUGGUGUGCCUUCACACUGCCCCCAAAUCACACGCUGACCAUGCAGACGCUGAACCCCGAGAGAAGGAGGGAGGCCUUUCUGGAGCUUCUGAAGCAGAAGUAUCCUCAUCAUGCAGCGGUCAUCGCCAGCCAUCAGAGAAGAUUCCAACAGCAGGUCGGGAGUCCCGUUCACACUGUAAUCCGGGAGCGUCAGGACGUGAUGUCGGAGAACGAAACCCCCGCCUCGUUCACGCGGGGCAGCCGCACUCGCGCCAGCCUCCCCGUCGUCAGAUCCAGCAACCACACCAAGGAGAAAUCACUAGGUGCGCUGUUUCUGCAGUACGGCGAGGAAACGAGGCAGGUCCUCAUGCCUAACGAGGUAUCGAGUGCAGAUACGGUGAGAGCUCUGUUCGUCGGAGCCUACCCACAACAACUCACGCUUAAGAUGCUCGAGUCGCCAAACAUCGCCAUCUACAUGAAGGACCACGCCCGCAACAUCUACUACGAGCUCAGCGACGUGCGGAACAUCACCCCACACUCCUACCUGAAGGUUUAUCAUAAAGACCCCACACAGGCUUUCACUCAAAACCCCAGAACCAACAACGGAGACGCUCGGAUGUCCCAUGAAAGGCAGUACAGCUCCAGACCGCAGACGGGGGGUCAGCCCAUGGUCGCCUCGGGUCCUUUAUCUCCACAGCUGAUGCGCUCCGUGCCCUCUUCGCCAUCGCGCUACAGCUUCAACUCCCGCAACAUGCCCGGCGGCGCCACUCUGCCCCGGGAGCGCGGCUCCAGCUCGUCCGGCUCCAGCUCCAUCCUGGAGCGCCGAGACAUCAAACCGGACGAGGACCUCGACACGCACGUGUUUCCCGAACAGCGCCUGAGCAUGAGCGACGCCCCGGACGCUUUCCUCCCGCACACCCUGUACAGGCAGAAGUCCCGCAAGUACAGCGACGCCCCGCUGAGCCCGAGGAAUCCGAACACUCCGCCCCUGUCGCCUCACCGGGGCAGCGAGGUCAGGAUGAUCGACGUCCACCCGGGGCAGAUGGUGGAACGGACGUCGUCGUUGCGGAGGUCUUCUUCUCGAAAGGAUAGUAACGGGAUGGAGGCGAGAGCGAGGGGGAACAUGGUGUCACCGAUGUUUGGGGAUUUUCCAGGGUUACCGUCGCCCACGGAUCUUCAAAGUGAGAGGAUGAGGGCGAUGGAGCAUCAGAUAGCCAGUCUGACCGCUCUGCUUCAGCAGGCGCUGGCAAAAGGGGCAAACAACGACGGAGCGAAAGAACCCGCAAGUGAGAGAUCUUAUUCUGCAUCUCCAGCUCACAGCAUCACCUCUGGAGGAUUGUCCCCUGUGGCCCCUGUGUCUAAAAUCCCUCUUCAGUCUGAAACCCCAGCACUCAGAGACCCGUCGCUUGGUGUUCUCCUCUCCACCUUCCAAAAAAACAUCUUCACCCUCAAACAGCAGCUUCAUCAGCUCCGACAGACACAGCUGCAGAACCAGGACACAGUAAACCUGAUGCUGAAGCAGGCGGAGCAGGAACUGGCCAUCAGGGUCUGCAGGAACCUGGAAGUUCUGGAGAACCCAGUGCAGAAGCAAAGGGAGCAGGCGAACGAGGACCGGUGCAGAUACGAGGCCAUAGAGAGGAUCGUCCUGCUCCAGCUGGGGGAGCUGGAACAGCAUGUCGAGCAGCUGAAGAAAGAUUCCAGUACGGUGACGGCUCGGCAGCCAGUCACGUUACUGGAUGUGGAGGAAGGAACGGUCAGGCUUAGGAAAGUGGACGAGGCCCUUACUGAACUCAAAGGGGAGUUCCCGGUGCUACAGUCGAAAAUGCAGUCAGUCUUGAGGUUGGAGGUGGAGGCGGUGCGGUUCCUUAAGGAGGAACCACAGAAGAUGGACACCAUGCUAAAGAGGGUCAAAUCACUCAGUGAUGCUCUCGGCUUCCUCAGGAUAUGUGCUACGGAAGGCUCCCCGUUCCCCGACCCGAUCUCCGUCAAACCCGGGGAGCCCGAAUCCCGCGGACUCACUCGGCUCCGUUCGACCUUUGAGGCUGCCCGAUCUGAACCCACGCCCCUCUCGCCCGUCGUGGUGCAGCAGGUAUUCAGCUCGCCUCUGAACCCCAGCCCCGGCCGAGACUCCCCCACCGUGGCCAUGGUGAGCCCCAGGAGCCGAGAGCUGGAGAGAACCGGUCUACAGGAGGUACGGGAGCAGAUAAACUUCAGAGAGGACCCUAAAAAAGAGGAGGCGAAGGCUGUGGAGAGAAAGCAGGUGGAGGACCAGGCAGAGAUGGAGAGGAUGUUACAGCAGGCUCAGGCAAACCUGAUGAAGAACAUCCCUGACUUGGAGCUGCCCAGCAAGGAGAUGAGCGUAGAUCUGAACGAAGCCGCCGUGCUGUCUGAUGAAGUAGACGCUCCUCGGACACCUACUUCACCCGCAGAACCCACCUCACCAGCCGAACCUGUAGUGGACAGACGUGUCCACACGGGCGCUCAGACGACACCCAUGGACAAGCCUCGCGAAGCCAGCGUCGAGCCAGCAGAAGCCAAUCGGGAGGCAGCAAAUAAAUCCCCACCUCCUCCUCCACCACCACGCAAACUCCACCCUGCUGGAACGGGUAUGACGACCAGCCGCUCCGGAGAGGUCAUUUACACAACUCACAAGGACCCCGCCCCCUCUCAGGAGAAAGAAGAGGUUCCCUUAUCCCCGAGCCGCCGAGUUCGCCCCGAGAUUAAACCCAAACCACGUCUGCCUCCCCCAGUCGUCGCUCGGGAACGCGAGGAAGAGAAAGCCGAAGAAGAUAAGAUCGUAGCCGAGCUACAGGUGUUUGAGAAGUGCCUGGUUAAAGAUUUAGCACCCAGGUAUGUUGUUGACCUCACCACCCACUCAGACCGAGAGCUGGACCCGACCUUCUCUCUCUCCUCAUAUGACCUGAAGAAGACAACUCACCUAAGCGAAGAUGAAAAACAAUCUCCCAAUCCUGGCUCUGGGGUCAUUUAUUACAUCACGGGGACAGCAAAGUCACCCACCGACAAUCUGCCUAGAGGACCUGAAGUUCAAAAGCAGCCCAAGGAAGGAAUCCUGCCCCCCACUAAGGUGGCACUUCCGAAUGCUUCUGAUAUUUCCGAACAGCCAAACGUACUAACUCCGUCUGACCUGACUUUAGAUUCCCCUAAAGCAAAGGAGGAAAACCAGAAAGAGUUAGCCGACACUUCGCAGCAUAUCGAUGCAAGCCUUCCAAAGCCGUUGAAGGAUGCUACAGAUGAUGCACAGGUUCCUCAAAAAGAAGAGUCGACUAAGAGUAUCAUAAAAAGACCAGACAGUCUACCGUUGUUCUUGAAUACUGAAAAUGUAAUGAGUAUCAAUAAGAAACCUUCUAGUGAAGGACCUGAGGCACAGGUGGUUGAACCACCAGUCCAGUCUCCAGUAUUAUCGCAGGAGAAUGGAAAGCAGGAGGACCAGCCACAGGUGUUCAUGAGGACAUCCCGUGGUCGGGCCAGGUGCACAGGCAGUUCCACCCUUAGCCCUGACCUUUCUGAAGAGGAGCCUCCAACAGUGCCUGAUAAUAUCGCUUUUAUGAUCACCAAAACCAAAGUGCAGGCUUUGUCCACUGGGGAGUACCAGCAGCUGGUAAGCUCCAGUGAUCAAGAUGUUGAAACUGUUAAAGUGGGAAUGGACGAGACUGUGUCCACCCCUGAGGAUGAUGAGUUUGGCAAAAAACCUGUCAUCAUUGUCUUUGAUGAACCUAUGGACAUUCGAAUGGCCUACAAGCGUCUUUCAACCAUCUUUGAGUGUGAAGAGGAGUUAGACAGGUCGCUCUCGAGGGAGUGCAUCAUUGAGGAUAAUGAGGAGAUCAGUGAAGAGAUGGAACCACAGAAAACAAGGCACAUUCUGACAAAGGAGGAGAUAGUGCAGGAUAAAUCGAAGUUUGGUACUGGUAAUCAUCUUCAAGUGCCUGGUCAACUGCAAAACAUUACUGAGGCCUCUGUAAUGGAGUCAGAAAAUCCCCAGGAAGAAUUGCUCAGUGAUGCCAAGCAAGAAGCUAAAAAGAAGUUCAAGUUCAAAUUUCCCAAGAAGCAGCUUGCAGCUAUUGGCCAGGCUCUCCGCACUGGUACAAAAACAGGCAAGAAGACAUUACAGGUGGUGGUUUACGAGGACGAGGAGGAGCCGGAUGGUACCUUAAAGGAAGCAAGAGAAGCCAAAAGGUUUGAAAUUAGAACCAGUACUGAGUAUGAAAGUCCUGCCCCUUCUGCUGAGGAGACGUCUGAACCCAGCACACUCAGCCCUGAACCUUCUGUCGAGAGGACUAGUGAGAUCUGUCAAACCACAUAUAAAACCUUAAACAGCUUGGAGGAGACCAUUAAACAGCUAGAAACCACCAUCAGCAACAUGGACCCUGGUUUGUCUCCUGAAGUUUCGCCUAAAGAUUUUAAAGGCAAAAGAGCGUCCGAAAACCAAUCACCGAGUGAAAGCAGCCCCCCGAAGAAGCCACCUCCUAUAGGACCAAAGCCCCAAAAGCUCUCUCAGCGAAAGAAGCCCAAGGUGCAUUGUGUUCGUCUGCCUUCUUCCUCCAGCUCCUUUUGCUACAGCAGCACUAAACAGAACACCAAUGACUCCUCUUCACCCAGAUCCCAACAGCAACCAGUAAAACCAGAAAAACCUGCAAAACCCCCAAAGCUCCAGGACUCCCAGAGCCAAUUCCGUCAAGUAGUUUUAUUGUAGAGCAGCUUGUGUGUGGGAUUUCCAAGCUCACAAGAUGCUAAUUAUUAUAGACUGUAAACCUGUUCAUGGUUUUGUCAAAUGGACCCAUAUGGAUCAGCUGGGAUUUGAUGUUUUACUGUGUGGUUAUGGUUUUAACCCUACCCAAUCUCACUGUAUCCAGUUACAAGGAGCAGAUACUUACACCAUGGACAACAAAGCUAUGGUCAUGGACAGAUGAAAGGCUUAAAUUGUGUUGAUUUCAAGUUCAUUAGGGGUAAAUUAGUUCUCUGCCUAUGUGAUGUGCCAAAGUUAUUUUCCUUUUAUUCCUCAAGUGUUGGAAAACUAAUAACAUGAUAGGACUUACCUAGUUUUCACAAAACACAAAGUAUUUUGUUGGUGUAUUUAGAACUGGGUGUUCACACAAACUAAAACACUUUUAUGUGAUAAUAUUUCUGGUAUUUUUUGUUCUAUCUUCUUUUAUGAUCCAAGCCUUGGGAAACUAGCUCGGCAAACAAGUCUAACCCUAAUCAUUUUUCCGGGACUACUAUAUGGUAAGGAAAGGUCUGGAUGAUUCUAAGGACCCUGAGUAGCCUGAGUCCAAUCAGACUAUGUACAUUCUUAGCCAUGACUCUCUAUAAUUUGUCUCUCUUUUGCAAGGGUUUAAGUAUUAGUACUUUUGCUCUCAAUAACAAUCCAUUGGGGCAAAUUUGACAACUCGUCCUUAUGUCUCAUCCUUAUUACCUUUUUUCUAUGUGGUUUUUUUCCCUCAUCAUCUCUGCCAAGUUUAGUUAAGACCAGUUGCCGUUGACUUGUGUUCUUGGUUGUGGUAUUUCAUUGUUCUACUGGUGCAGUUUUUGCAUGGUAAUAGUUUGACCAAGUAUUACAGCAGCACAUGGUGAAGCCAUCCUGCCCGGGUGUGUUACUGCAUUGCCCUCGCAUUCCAUAUUUGUAACAAAAGCUUUGAUGCAAUAGUUCAGAACUCAAAAGCACCAAACCUGUUCUGGCUAAUAACUGCUUUUAGGUUGAGGGUGAAAACUGUGCAAAUUUGAUUUUCAAACAGUUCUUUUCAUACUGCAGCAUAAUCCGGCUAGAUCUAGUGUUCUGAAUAUUUUCAUUUGUGGAAUAGGUUUGAGAUGACGUUACUGGAUUUAUAUUUUAUAGAGGUGGGAGAAUUAAGAUGGUUUGAGGAAAAAUAACUAAAUACCUUUUGUACAAAUUAUUUUGUUCUGAAAACAGAAAAUAGAUAAAUAUAAUGUUGACUAUUUUGUUUUGUUGCCAACCAGAUACUUAUAUUAGAGAGAAGGCAAAGCUAAUGUCUUUCUAUAAAUGUUUGUGUUUGCAGCAUUGGAAUUUAUCAUUAUUUUUGGAUUUUAGUACAGUCAGAUUGUGGGUCGACCCUGUACGGCCUGUUAUUUGAGGUAUUUCAAGACGAUACCAAAGUCUUGUUCUUUAGAAAGACCAUACCGUUAAAGUCAAAAGUUUACAUACACUUCUACAACUGUUCUUUUACUGUGACUGAAUAAUUGGAACAUAUUUAUUUGUCAAACGAAAACCCACAAAUUUGUGGUUUUUCUUAAUUUUAUUGUGGGUUUUCUGAAAAUCUGCUGGGUCUGAAAUAACAUAUAAUAAUAUGGCAGCUUCAAGUUGUAGAAAUUUCUAUAAUGUAAUUUCACUUAUAACCUCAAAUAAAAGUUUUAAAGAACUAAAAUAUCUUUAACAUAGUUGGUGUAUUUUAAUUAUCCAGUCAGAAAAGAACAAUUGCAAAAGUGACAUUCCCAGUAAAUGUAAUCCUUUGACUUUUAACAAUAAACCUUACUGUAUAAAGUAGCUGUGUGACGUUGAGUCCGGUAAAGUAUUUCCGUUAGCUUAGAUGAAAUUAUUUUCUUGUUAGAAUUUAACCUGGCCAAAGUUCAUACCUAUGCAUGCUUUUAUAUAAUAACAUGUGGUGUUUGCACAGAUAGAUGCUGUAAAUAUGCUCUUUGGGUUUGUUAAACUCUUUAAAAAAAUGGCUUGCAGAGGAAAGCUUGUCUAAAGAUCUCUAUGCAAUAAAGUA